GCGCGGGACGCGCCGCCGCCGUGCCCGGGCCCGCGCUGCUGCCGCCGCUGCCGCCGCCGCCACCUUCCUUCUUUCUUUCCUUCCUUUCCUUCCUUCCUCCUUCCCUCCGCCUGUGCCUCCGAGAGACCGGCCCGAGGGUGUUGGGAGGCAAAAUGGUGCAUGCCGAAGCAUUUUCACGUCCCCUGAGCCGGAAUGAAGUGGUCGGAUUAAUUUUUCGUUUAACCAUAUUUGGUGCUGUAACAUAUUUUACCAUAAAAUGGAUGGUUGAUGCCAUUGAUCCGACCAGAAAGCAAAAAGUAGAAGCUCAGAAACAGGCUGAAAAGCUAAUGAAGCAAAUUGGAGUGAAAAAUGUCAAGCUUACUGAAUACGAAAUGAGUAUUGCUGCACAUCUCGUAGACCCACUUAGCAUGCAUGUAACCUGGAGUGAUAUUGCAGGCUUAGAUGAUGUUAUUACAGAUUUGAAAGACACUGUCAUUUUGCCCAUCAAGAAGAAAUAUUUAUUUGAGAAUUCCAGGCUCUUACAGCCCCCAAAAGGAGUACUUCUCUAUGGCCCUCCUGGUUGUGGCAAAACACUGAUCGCCAAAGCUACCGCAAAGGAAGCAGGUUGUCGAUUUAUUAAUCUCCAGCCUUCAACAUUGACAGACAAAUGGUAUGGAGAGUCUCAAAAACUGGCUGCUGCUGUCUUCUCCCUUGCUAUAAAGCUACAACCAUCCAUCAUUUUUAUUGAUGAAAUAGAUUCCUUCUUACGAAAUCGGUCGAGUUCUGAUCAUGAAGCUACAGCUAUGAUGAAAGCUCAGUUCAUGAGUCUGUGGGAUGGACUGGACACCGAUUAUAACUGCCAAGUAAUAGUGAUGGGAGCCACCAACCGUCCUCAGGACCUUGACUCUGCAAUCAUGAGAAGAAUGCCAACCCGGUUUCACAUCAACCAACCUGCUCUGAAACAAAGAGAAGCAAUCUUGAAGCUGAUUUUGAAAAAUGAAAAUGUGGACAGGCGUGUUGAUCUCCUUGAAGUUGCUAAAGAGACUGACGGCUUCUCGGGCAGUGACCUGAAGGAGAUGUGCCGGGACGCAGCGCUCCUCUGUGUCAGGGAAUACGUUAACUCCGCCUGCGAAGAAGAGACCCAUGACGAAGAUGAAAUUCGGCCCGUGCAGCAGCAGGAUCUCCACAGGGCAAUUGAGAAGAUGAGAAAAUCGAAAGAUGCCACGCUGCAGAAUGUUUUGAUGCACGUUAGUUUAGAUUAAGACAAAAGAGUGCAUUUGCUGUUUCUGAUGUGAUUUAGUUUGACUUCUGUAAUCAAUUAGCAAAAACAACGUCAGGGGGUGGGAGCAGGGAUGUUCCUUUAAUAAGGGAGUUCUGUUUCUGGAAUUGUUUUUAUACAACAAAUCCUAAGUUAUUGAAAUUUCGUCAUGCGCAACUAGAAGUGUAACAAUAGAUCACAAAGUUGAACAAUUAUAGCCCAGACCAAGAGCAACUGCCUAUGUCUUGUCCCAUAAUCAGUACACUGUGUAGCCUUAAAGCAGGUUCUGGGGUGGAGCUGGGUUCAGCAGGUCACCGCUGGGGAGGGGAGACAAUCCAUUACCAGUUUGUGUAUAUAUGUACGAGCGUGUAUGCGUGUAUGAAAUGUAUAUAUCCACACCUUUUUUUAUAUAUAGACAUAAUCUGUAGAUAACUUGAGUAUGGAAAAUCUUUUCUACUUACUGAAUCAAACCAAAUCAGAAGAUACAUAGAUUAAAGAUUCAUCGAUACUCAGUUCACAUUUACUUCUUCCUUUUAGCAGCAAAUACGAAGAGAGAAAUUCUGCUUCUAGAAUAACUUACAGGCAAAAUUUGAGAUGUUACUGAUUUUUCUUUCACAUAACCACUUGAAAUCUGUGCCAUUUAGGAAAGGUAGUGAACUACUGUAAAAAUGUUUGAAUACUUUUCAUUUUGUAUGAAUUCUGCUUUUUGAGGCUUUUUAAAUGAAUGCUGUUUUUAUUUUUAUGUUUUCCUCGAUGUGCGUAAUUAGAGUAGAAUCUUAAAUGCUCUUUCAUAAAGCCCCACCUAUUACAAGCUCUCUGAAAUUGUGGCUUUCUGAUCUGUCCCACGUUGUAAGGAGGGCUUGCUGCUGCUGCUGCCCCUCCUCCGGCAGCCCCGCUGCUGCGCUGUGGCAUCGUCACACGAGGCGUCACACGCAUCGCCGCGAGGCACAGGGGAAUGCGUCGUGACACUGUGCUCUGUCACAUACUCUGAUCUGCAAAGCUGAAGAGAAGGGAAUGGGUUUUAGGCUUAUAAAUGUGAUUUAGUGAUGUUCUGCUGUACUUGCUGGUAACAGUUUUAGUAAAUUCAUGUAACGUUAUGUAGUGUUAAAGGCAAAGGGUUAAAAAUGUAAGUGGUAAAAGUGUUUCAGUGAAGUUAUUGUCAGUAGGUUUUCAAUAACUUGAGUUUUCUUCUUAUAAUUUUAUGAAUUGUGCAGUAAUUCAACACCACUGUGUCAUGGGGAUUGUUCAAACCCAGGGGAUGGCAGGCUGUCCCAGUUCUGCCAGCUCAGGGGGGACGGGAGCGUUGACAGCAAGGUACCCAUGUAAGAGGGGGCACGCUGCAAAGAGAAAUGAGGAGGGCUGGAGCCAGCCCUCGGACACGCUCGGGCAUGGAUGACCAUUCCCAUUCAGCACAGCUUUCUCACUGGUGUCCUUAACUCUGGCACACUGGUUGUGCAGUGCACCAGCUGCAGGAGGUCUUCGUUUGACCCAAUUUCAUCUCCUUGGGUUUUUUUUUUGUUUUUAAUAAUUACUUUGCUUUUUGGUAUGGUAAAUGCAUAUUGCUCAAAAAGGCCAUAGCACAUUGGGCACACCAGAAUAUAGGCUAUAGGAAUCUAGAAAGCCUGGGACCUGGAAUGCUAACCCCACAGGUCACAUCGCGAGUGGCAGGGCAGGAAGCAGUGAUGUAAGCCCUGGGAGAGCCCAAGUUCAAGGACUAGCCUUAAAAUUAAACAUGCAGAUAGUGCUAUCUACUGGAUGCUGGUUUCUGGGGAACUUUGAAAUUACGUGGGUGCCAGGUGAAGUUCUCCAGCCAUUCAGUUCUUUUUCAGUGCCUGCUCUGACCCAAGUUCUCCUGACCCCUCAUGGUAGUUACACCUGAGAAAUGCUGGGGGGUGUGUGCCAUAAUGUCCUGCACCCCCAUCCUUACAUCAGGGUCCUUCCUCCUUGCUGAAGGUCCUGUGUAGGCUGCUGCUGAAUGCCUGCUCAAUUGGUUUCAGUAGCAUAUGUGUCAAGUGUGUCCUCAAGUGAGUUGAAAUGCCCAUCUGAGCGCAAACCCUUGCUGGUGCGCAGGUUCUGGGGGCAGCCCGUAGUCCCAGCAGAGCUCUGAUCUCCCUCCUGCCUGGCUCUCCAGAACACUGGCCGUUGGCGUGCAGCUGGAGCUCACCUUGGCCUUGUAAGUGUGCACCUAAUGCAGAGUUGCAGGCUCGAGGGACUGAUUUGGCGAGGCCAAGGGGUUAGUUCUCAUUGCCCCUGAGCGUGGUUCCCAUGGCUGGACUGUCAUUUCUGCUUUUCCAAGGACUUUUCCAUACUUGCCUGUUGCUUCAGGAGCCUUUGUCAAAGCACAGCCCCCUCGGAGGCGGGGGCAGUGGCAGGGUUUGUCACAGGGGAAGGUGGCCGCUUUAAUUUCAUGUCUCCAGCUGUUUGGUCCCGGCUCCUCACCAUUUGAUUCCCACCUCUCCUUAGCGCAGGGCAAGCUCUGCCCCUCUCCAGCAGCCCACCCCCAGCCUGGGUUCACCCUGCGCUGGGACACCGAGCUGUGUGAGGAAACGGGUCUUUCUUGGGCGCUUAAAGGUUGAAUCCUCUGGCAGGAAGAGGUGCAGACAUUCCCAGCAGGUGAAUUACUAUGUGUUUAGGACCCCGUCAGCCGUAGCAGUCUCCAGUGUGUACAGUACAGACCAUACCUAAGUCGUCCCCGGGCUGUAAAGCAGCUAAUCGUGCCAGUCCAACACUGCAGCACAAAGAGAAACCUUUGGCAUAGUCUUAAGUAACAGGUAAAUAAAUGUAUUUGCUCUGUG